AUGUCUCGACUUUCUCUCCUUCUCUCUCUCUCUCUCUCACUCUCUCUUCUGACUCUUCUUUUCUUUCUUUCUUUCUUUCUUUCUUUCUUUCUUCAUUUCCCUCUGUAUCUAUCAGUCUGUUCAUAUCUAUCUAUCUAUCUAUCUAUCUAUCUAUCUAUCUAUCUAUCUAUGUCUUUGUUUUGCUACCUAUCUACCUCUCACACUUCUCUCGAUGACUCGCUGUACCUGAAUGUUUCUAUCUCGUAUCUCUCUUUUUCGCUAGUCUUUGAACGGUCUCCUUGCUUCUAUAUUUCUAUCUCUUUCUGUAAGUUGUUUUCUCUUCGUCUGUCGUGUUCCAUCUAUCUCCGCCUGUCUUUCUGUCUAUCUCUCUGGAAUGGUUUCUUCUCUCGGGGAGGAUUCAUUAUCAUGUCUUCAUCUGUCCGUUUCUUUCCAUCUAUCCUCUCUCGACCAUUUUACACACUUUCAUCUAAUCAUGCCAUCCCCAUCUCUCUAUGUCUCUCUCUCUCUCUCUCUCUCUCUCUCUCUCUCUAUCUAUCUAUCUAUCUAUCUAUCUCAUAUCUAACUAGUACUUCUCUCCCUUUUUUAUAUGCCUUGUGUCUAUCUAUCUAUCUAUCUCUCUAUCUAUCUAUCUAUCUAUCUGUUUUAUCUUACACUGUUCAUCAUCUAUCUAUCUAUCUAUCUAUCUAUCUAUCUGUCUGUCUGUCUGUCUGUCUAUCUUUUUUCUGUUCAUUAUCUAUCUAUCUAUCUACACUGUUUAUCUAUCUAUCUCUCUAUCAAUCUAUCUAUAUAUCUCCGUUUAUUAUCUAUCUAUCUAUCUAUCUAUCUAUUUAUGUUACAAUGGAAAGGUAA